AUGUCUGACGCACAGCCGAACAGCGGCGCAGGCGGCAGCGGCAAUGGUAAUGGCAACGGCCAGCCUUCGCAGAAGCCCGACGCAGGCGAUGCCGCCUCUGCAGCUGCAGGCCCGUCCAGUGUGACGGCCGAUGGCGAUACCAAGAUGGCGUCCAGCGAACCCGAGGAGGAGCCGCUGCCGGACGAGGUGCUCAACGCGUCGAUCGACGAGAUCCAGACGCGGACGCGGCUGCUGGAAAACGACGUCAAGGUGAUGCGCUCGGAGCACAUGCGGCUGAUGCACGAGCAGUCGUCAAAGCGCGAACAGAUCAAGGACAACACGGACAAGAUCAAGCAGAACAAGAUGCUGCCCUACCUCGUCGGCAACGUCGUCGAGAUCCUCGACAUCGACCCGGACAUUGACGAGGAGUCCGAGGAGGGCGCCAACGUCGACCUCGACGCCCGGCGCAAGGGCAAGUGCGCCGUCAUCAAGACGUCGACGCGGCAGACCAUCUUCCUACCCCUCAUCGGCCUCGUCCCCGCCGACGAGCUCCGGCCCGGCGACCUGAUCGGCGUCAACAAGGACAGCUACCUCGUCCUCGACAAGCUGCCGGCAGAGUACGACUCGCGGGUCAAGGCCAUGGAGGUCGACGAGAGGCCCACCGAGACCUACACCGACAUUGGCGGCCUCGACAAGCAGAUCGAGGAGCUCGUCGAGGCUAUCGUCCUGCCCAUGCAGCAGGAGCAGAAGUUCAAGAACCUCGGCAUCCGGCCGCCCAAGGGCGCCCUCAUGUACGGCCCUCCAGGCACCGGAAAGACGCUGCUGGCGCGCGCGUGUGCGGCGCAAACCAACGCGUGCUACCUCAAGCUGGCCGGCCCGUCGCUGGUGCAGAUGUUUAUCGGCGACGGCGCCAAGCUGGUCCGCGACGCAUUCGAGCUGGCCAAGGAGAAGGCGCCGGCCAUCAUCUUCAUCGACGAGCUCGACGCGAUUGGCACGAAACGUUUCGACUCGGACAAGUCGGGCGACCGCGAGGUGCAGCGCACCAUGCUCGAGCUGCUCAACCAGCUCGACGGCUUCUCGAGCGACGAGCGGAUCAAGGUGAUUGCCGCGACCAACCGGAUCGACAUUCUCGAUCCGGCGCUGCUCCGGUCCGGACGGCUGGACCGAAAGAUUGAGUUCCCGCUGCCCAACGAGGAGGCGCGCGCGCGCAUCAUGGAGAUCCACUCGCGCAAGAUGGCCGUCGGCCCCAAUGUCAACUUUGAGGAGCUGGCCCGGAGCACCGACGAGAUGAACGGCGCGCAGCUCAAGGCCGUCUGCGUCGAGGCCGGCAUGAUUGCCCUCCGCGAGGGCGCCACCGUCCUCGACCACGAGCACUUCCACGGCGGCAUCCUCGAGGUCCAGGCCAAGAAGAAGAACGACCAAUUCUACUUUUCCUGA